AUGUACACACAUUCGGUCGCUUUUGGUUUGAAACAAACACUGGUUCAGACAACAUUUGUGGCAUAUAGUGAUCCACCAGCUAGUUAUGAUUUGUUCAUCAAAUUUCAUUCAGCAAAAAAUUUGCCGAAAACCUUUCUAGUCGGACACACAGAUCCGUAUUUUACUGCUAAACUCGACAGCCAACUUUCCUACACCUCAACUAUCGUAUCCAACACAUUGUCACCUACUUGGCAUCAUGAAGAAUGGAUUGUUCGUAAUAUUCCUCACAAUGCAAAAUUAACUGUUAAGAUUUACGACAAAGACGACGAUAAGCCUGUCGAUAAUUAUAUUGGCUUUUUCGAUAUUCUUGAUCUUAUUAAUUAUGAAAGUUCCGCACAAGGUCAUAAAAUUACAGGUCCAUUCGGUCAACACAAUGGUAUUUUUUAUUUAUCUAUUCGUUCAAUACCAUCGUCCGAUGAGACAAAGCUUCUACCUCGAUACACAUUCGAUGGUCCUUGUCGAUAUUUUCGUCACGAUUCAUUGACCGUUGGUCGUUUAACAAUGGUCAAUGCGAAUCGUGUUUACUCAACGUGGAAAGUAGAAAUGCGACGAAUUUCUGCGUUUUUCAAUCCACACGAUCGCCAGUAUUGGAACAAGGAUUAUACAGCUGCACAAGCAAUAUUCGGCAGCUGUCCUUUAACAUUAGCAUCUCAGAGCACGAUAAAGCUAGCACAUAAAGCAUUGCAUAGUCAAACGCUGAAAAAUAGCGAAGCUGGAUUCGUUAUUGAUGCUGAUGAUUUAUGGCUGAACAUUUUUACUGACCGCACAACAAAUCAGAUCAAGCCAUGUAUCUAUACAUACAUCAUAGACGACCGCACAUGGCGAUUUAGUCAAACAGGUGCUCAGUUUUUCACCGAUUUUGUGAGUAAACAUGCAUUAUUAGCCAAUUGUUCUGAAUAUGUUCGCUAUGCUGGUGAAUUCCAUCCUCGACCAAAAUACGGCUGGGACCGAUGUGAUGAUGAGUGGGAACUGGUAUUCGACAACGGGUCUGGAACAUAUGCACCUGAUGUGAAUCUGUUGAAUAAUCUAAAAGACUUGUUGAUAUUCAACUUUCCUGGUUUGAAUAUUGUCACUUAUGAUCAUAACGAUCCGCUGUUAAAGGAAAGUGUAAAGAAGCUGAUAAAAUUCAUGGACGACCAUUCAAGUACCGUAACAGUCACGAACAGACUAUUUUGUGUCUGA